AUGCAUCGAUCGAGUAAUUCCCAGUCCGGCAGCGGUGGCGGCGGAGGGCUUUUCAAGACCGGCAGCAGCAUUUUUGGAAGCAGCAAAUCGUCCGCGACGACUGGCACCAGGCCGAACACCAGUGGCGGACCGGCCUCCAGCAGUGAGAUCGGGUUCAGCGCUUUAUCCAGGACGCCAACUUUCGGGCGCAAAGCCUCCACCUCCACCACCACCGGCAAGUCGCCUCGCGGGCGCAAAGAAUCAGUCCCCUUCAACCAGAUAUCGCCGGAGAGGAGGCGGGCAAGAUCGACAGCGGCACACCAUAGGGAGCAGGAAAAUCGGUUGCCGACAGUCGUAGGUGAGACGCAGGGCCGGACAUCCGCAAACAGCUUUGAGAAGGUGGCUGCGAGUGCUGCUGGUUUUGAAAUUCAGAUCCCCCCGACUCCAGCUGGAGGAGAAUCCAUCUCGUCGUCGACGCCAUUUUCGAACAUGUUGGCCCGGCCAGGUACAGGAUACCAGUCUUCGACGACGGCCGUGCCGCUGCCCAGCCCGACGCUGGAGACAAUCACCUAUCAGCACAUACAUGAGACAUCUUCGAAGCGAAUAUCCACGUUAGACUAUCUCCGGAAAGCACACGAAGGCAGAGUGUACUGGUUCAACACGCUCCUCUUCAAUAAGCCCGACCUGGCACGCAUGCCCUACUUUGACCCGCGCAAGCUUGCCCGCCGUGCAACAAACUACCUCCUCCUCGGGCUCUCCCUCCCCACAAUCCUCGACUUGAACGCUUCGACACCCAUCGAGUUCCUCAGGACGCUCAACGCGCUCCUCGUGGAAUUCGAGUCCUUCCAGCAAGUCCACCCGCCCGACGGCUCGACCUCCAUCUCCCGCGGCCGCUUCCCACAGAUGUUCAAACGCGCCACAGGAACGGGUGGGAAGGGUCGGCGGAUGAGCUCGGCGGCCGAGAUUGGCUUACCGAUGGGCAGUGACAGUUUCGAGUCGAGUACGGGCUCGGGGGGCGCGGCGUCGAGUUUCCCAAUCAGUGAGAACGACCUGCUGCCCGGUGAGGAGUAUACGCACUUGUUGACGCCAUCGUUACCCUUCGAUCCGGAUUUCUACGAGACGUUCGCCACGCUGUGCGAUGUGCUCAUCGACUGCUACACGCGGCUGUUGAGUCUGGUGGCCUCGCCGCGGGAGUGCAGUCCUAUCGUUGCGGAGAUGUUCACGAAGGCUGAUUCGAGGGUCCGGAAGCUUAUCGUGCAGGGCGUGGUAAAGGAGUUUGAGGAUCACAGUCGGGCAGGGGUGAAGCACGAGGUUGCUGGUGUGGGUAAAGCUGUACUUGGGGGACUAAUGUGA